AUGACUGAUGCUAAACCCUCUGCUGUCCCCCUCGCUUCUAAUUUCAUUUUAUCUAAAGAUCAAUGCCCAAAAUCUGAAAAUGAUGUGAAAUACAUGCUGAAUGUUCCUCACACUAGUGCUAUAGGUUCUAUUAUGUACUUGAUGGUGUGCACUAGGCCUGAUUUAGCGUAUUCUAUUAGUUGUUUGAGUAGAUACAUGGCUAAUCCGGUUGUGGAACAUUGGAAUGCUUUAAAUUGUGUGUUUAAAUACUUGGUUGAUACUAUUGAUGUUGGUUUAGUAUUUGGUAAACACAUUAGUGAGUUAAAACUAAAUGGCUAUGUGGAUUUCAAUUAUGCGAAUGAUAGAGAUUCUAGGAAGUCAACUAUGUCGUAUAUCUUUACUUUGUGUGGUUCUUGUGUUAAUUGGAAAUCCCAACUACAACAUAUAGUUGCUCUUUCUACGACAGAAUCUGAAUAUGUGGCCAUAACUGAAGCAUUAAAGGAAGCUGAUUUGUUUUUUACGGCUAUUUCACUCAGCAUGAUAUAUAUAGACAAAUUCCUCACUCUUUCAUAUCGCAAUUUCACUCUCUGCAGCCCUAACUUCCCCGACGAACGCGAUCAACCUGUUUUUGGCAUUCCGGCGAGUUUGGCCAUCGGAACUUGA